CCAACACCUAUUUUCACACAGAAUAUGAGCUUUAACAAAAUAUUACACCGUACCAUAAUAUAUUAAUUAAUGAUUUAGACCAAUAAGUGGUAAUUAUGGGAUGAUUGUAGUAGUAGUGAAACAAAAAGGUGACUUUACAGUAUAUGGCUGUCCAAAAGCAAUAUUGCAGGUGUGUGAUUGAUAAAUCAAAGUAAAAAUAUGAACGACGUAUUAAGAAUACACUAUGACCAGUAUUUAAAAGUAUUUAUAGAUAUUUGGUGCUUUUAUUAUCCAAAGAGAGGACAGGAAAUAAGGAGAGAGAUAAAACAAAGGUCAGUGAUACAAGUGUUCCCUAACAGAAAAAGAUGUGCUUUUAUUUUUUAAAUUCAGACAGGAAGUAGAAAUGUAUUUUUACUGUUUGAGUCCUUGAGUUACAAGCGGCCGAGCGACUGUAAAUGAUUCAUAAAGGCCAUUACUGGCCAAACAGGACAGGACGGACAACAACAUUAAGAGGUUUCAUAAACCAAAAAACAUGAAGGUCCUAAACAAAGAAGAGCUGCACACCGCUGAAAGAGUUCUGCUGAAACACUUCCCGAAGAGUUUGAAGGUAUAUGGCUUCCUCUAUGGUAUUAACAGGAAUAAACCGAGUACACUGGAGGUAGUCGUUGAUACCUGGCCUGAUUUUAAGGUGAUCAUUUGCCGACCUGACCCCAAGAACAAGCGCGCUCUGGAGUUCAUGAAAAAGGUGACAUACUUCAGCACGGAUGAACAGAUUUUAAGGAGAAUGCUGACAGAAGAAAAUGCAAUUGACUGGAGAACUUAUUUCCUUAUUGGAGGAUUUGACUUUUCCCAUGCCCCCAUGCUCAAAGAAGUGUCGUCUGCCAGAGAAGUCAACAACAGAGACUAUACAUUGGUGCGUCUUCUGUAUUUGCCAGACAGCAGCCAUCUGCUCCCACCAGCAGUUGACAGUGAGCUUGAAUCAAGGAUUUCAUCUCUUAACCUUUCCCAUGUUGACUUGGUGAAUAACACCUGGAAGUUUGGAGGGAACAAGAGGGGUUACACGAACAUUAAAAACCUCAUCAGCAACUUCCCGUCAUGCUGCAUCACUGAUGGUGAGGGUCAGCCGGUGUCCUGGAUGCUGGUGUACGACUACUGCGCCCUGGGCAUUUUGUACACUCUGCCAGAGCACAGGGGGAAAGGCUACGCCAAAGUCCUGGUCAGCACCAUGGCCAAGAUACUCCACGCUGAGGGGUACCCAGUGUACUGCUUCAUAGAGGAGGAUAAUGAGGUCUCCUACAGGCUCUUUAAAAACCUGGGCUUCACUGAGGAUCCCUCAUACAGGGCGGGGUGGUUCGAGUUCAACAUUUGAUUUGUAACAAUUGUGAUUUUGUAAUAAUUCUUUGAAUGCAUCGCUGACAUAAUAUCAGGUUGUAUAGUGGUUAUAAUUUCUCCUGGGUAUAUACUGACUGCAUUAUAAGGUGAAAGAGGCAUUAACUGACACUAAUACAAUAAUAAUGUCACAUUUUCAUACAGGUAUUUAGAGAAGAGAGCUAAAUAAAAUUGAGUUGUGUUGAUUCAUGCUUUCCUUUCUGUGAAUUAUCAAAUGAUGUCUGUACUGUAUAUUCUCUGUAUAUACCAUAGAGUUUGCCUCAUUUUAUACACACCGGUGCAAUUAUUAGUAACCAUGGUUCCCAAUAAUAAAGACAUUU